GAAAAAAUGUCUAAACCUAUAAAAUUAAUAAUUUUGGGGGCUAUAUCGGGGUUUAUUUGUAUGGUGCUACUUGUGUGGUUAUGUUCAAGAUCUAGUGCAGAGAAAGAGUCGUAUGCAUUGAUCCGUUUAAACAAUGGACAGCUCAUACCUAAUAUUGGUUUAGGCACCUGGGCUAUGGAUGAUGACCAGGCCAGGGAGGCAGUCAAAGAGGCAGUUAGUGUUGGUUAUAGACAUAUAGACACCGCCUGGAGAUACGGCAAUGAAGUGGGUGUGGGUCAGGCCCUCAAAGAACUGUUUGAAAGCAAACAACUGACCAGAGAUGACAUCUUUAUAACCAGUAAAAUAUGGAAUACCUUUCACAGCAGACAACUGGCUGUUAAAGGCAUAGAGGAAUCGCUCAAGAAUUUAGGCCUCGAUUACUUGGAUUUGGCUUUAAUUCAUUGGCCGACGGGUUUCAAAGCAGGAACCGAUGAUAUAUACCCCCGAAGAGACGACGGAUCUAUUAUGCCGUCGGAUAAUGACAUUGUGGACACGUGGAGGGGAAUGGAGGAUCUGUACAGAAAUGGUUUGGCCAAAAGUAUAGGUGUUUCCAACUUUAAUAUUAGACAAUUGGAGAGAAUUAUAAGACAAGCCUCGAUAAAGCCGUCCGUUAAUCAAUUUGAAAGACAUCCCUUUCUGAUACAACAAGAGUUAGUGAAUUACUGCCAAAACCAUAGCAUAGCUGUUAUAGCUUACAGUCCGUUAAGACAAGCGGAUCCGCAGUUGUUAGAGAAUCCGGUGCUCAAAGAUAUCGCCCAAACUCACAACAAAACUGUGGCACAGGUAGCACUCCGAUGGCAAAUAGAAAGCGGUGUUAUUGUGAUCGCAAAGAGUAGUAGGAAAGAGAGACUGAUUGAAAAUAUGGAUAUAUUUGACUAUCAAUUGAGUGAUCAGGAGAUGAAAAGGAUUUCAACACUCGAUCAGAAUAAGAGAUUAAUAGAUAUUCCGGGCAUUCAAUCACACUCUGAAUAUCCGUUUGAUAAUUGA